GUUCUUUUCUUUGCGCCUCUUUUCAGCUAUUUCCUGCAUCUUCCUUUGCAUCAACGUUAUCCAAGAAAGCCCCUCUUGCCACAUCUUCCGUAUUUAUUCGCCUUUCUUCAGAUCUAAACGUCUUUCUUCUCUCUCUCCUCUCCUUUGCUUUGCCUUGCUUUGCUUUCCUUUUUUGCAGACCCGUGAGGUGAGGUCUGUUACUGGACUCUCUCCUCCCCUUGAUUUGCGCGCCAGACGUCACCCCGCACGGCCCGCCUUGGUGCUCUGGGUGCUCGUGUUUUCGCUUGUUUCCUCAUCUUCCUCUUCCGACCUCCCUUCACGUCCGCGAUGGCCGCCGCCACGGCCACGGCGCCGCCGACGCUGCACGUGGUGCCGCGCGUGGACAGCGCGACCAUCUACAAGGACAAGUCCCGCCUGCGCCGGUGCGCGCCGUUGUCCUUCGCGGCUGCGGUGGAGGAGGUGCAGGUGAUGGUGCCGAUGCCUGCCGGUCGCGGGCCGCAGAGCGCGUUUGAUCGGGACUCCAUCCAGGUGGAGUUCGGCGCUGCGUACGACGGCAAGGUUGUGCUGGCGGGCGUGCUUGUGGACGAGGUGGACAAGGCGUGCCUGCGCAGCGACGGGACGGUGGACGUGGACGCUGCCCGGCGCCUGGGCAGAGCCGGCGUGGUGAGCGUGAGCGACUCCGACGCGGACGACGUUGCGGCUGCGAAGUCGUCGGCGGAGGCGCGCCGCGAGGUGGAGGUGCAGCUGGCGAGCGUGCGGCUGAAGCUGCGGCUGAACGAGAUCGCGCUGGACGAGGCGACGGCUGCGCGCGACUUCAGCGUGGACGUGGCGAAGCGCGCGGUGGACUGCGAGGGCGGUGCGGCGCUGGCGACGGCGGGCGUGAUGUUCGACGCGGAGAUGUGGGCGGCGCACGUGGACGCGGUGGAGGCUGCGAAGCGCGACUUCGCGCGCCGGCGGCGGGAGCUGCAGCACGAGCGCGAGGCCCUCGAGAAGGAGGUGACGGUGCUGGAGAGCAAGCUGCCGUCUCGCUCUGUGCACGACUGGGAGCGCAGCGGCGCGGAGGACAGCACGACGGUUGUGGUGGCGGUGCUGACGCUGAAGGUGCUGGCGGCUGUCCCUGCGUCGCCGGAGGCGGUGGUGUACGUGUCGUACAUGGUGCAGCGUGGUGCGUGGGACGCGGUAUACGAGGCGCACCUCGACACUGCGACGAACGAGGUGGUGCUGUACUACAACGCGGAGGUGCGGAUGAGCGACGGCGAGGACCUGCACGAGGUGGCGCUGACGCUCUCGUCCGCCGCCCCGCGCCGCAACGCUGCGCUGCCGCCGACGAUGACAAUUUGGCGCUGCGGCGUCGUGCAGCCUCCACCGCCUGAGGAACCCGCUGACGAAGCCUGCUGCUAUGCGAUGAUGGAAGCUGACUCUGCGCCUCGGGGAUUGAUGCUGAUGGCUGCGCCUGCGCCGAUGAUGCGUCGGAUGGAUGCCGCGGUGGAGCAGGUGGGCACCGGCGGCGUGGUGAACUUCGCCAUCCCGACGCCGCAGACGGUGCUGGCGAACGGGAAGACGACGCGUGUGCCGCUGACGGAGCUGCGGAUGCCGGCGAAGAUCAGCUACGUGAGCGUGCCGGAGAAGCUGCCGGCCGCCUUCACGCACGCGAAGAUCCGGAACACGAGCGACUUCCUGCUGCUGACGGGCGACGUUGCCGUGUUCCUGGACGGCAACUACGUGACGCGGUCGCGCCUCGGCGCGGAGUGUGCGUCGGGCGGGAUGGUGGAGCUGGACUUCGGCGUGGACCGCGCCGUGGAGGUGAAGCGUGUGCUGCUGCGGCAGGCGAACCGCAAGGUGCAGAGCUCGUACCUGAAGGGGACGAAGAACAACGUGAAGACGUACGCGUACAAGAUCACGAUCCGCAACAAGAAGCGCGCGAGCGGCGACGACAAGGGCGCGGUGAAGGUGAAGCUGAUCGAGCACAUGCCGGUGAGCAGCGAGGAGCAGCUGCGUGUGCGUCUCGUGUCGCCGUCGAAGCCGCAGGAGGAGGUGUACAUCUACGACGACGCGGCGGACAGACAGGAGCAGCUGCAGCGGAAGGCGCGUGCGCUGGAGAACGACGGCGUUGUGGAGAUGGAGCGCGAGGUGCGGGCGGGCGAAAGCGUGGACGUGCUGUUCUCCUUCGAGGUGGAGUCGCCGAGCACGGCGACGGUGUACGGGCUGUGA